AUGCCCAACGGAUCUGUCAACCAAGGAACUUCUCAUGGACGGACAACUCGGGAGGACUCGUCGGUGCAGGUUAAAGAGCAAGGCGGAGCGAGUACAAAUCAGGAUGUGAUCUGGAGGGAUGGAAGUUUGGAAGAGGAUGAUCCGGUAGGAAUGGAAAUGGAUGAACCAUUCGAAGGUGAUUCAGAUGAGGUACCUUCAGAAGAGGAGGAAGAGUCGGUAGGAAGAGCUGAUGCAGAAGGAGAAGAAGCCAAACCGGUCCUGAAGAAAUUGAAGGCCAAGACGUCGAUGAAGGUGGAGAAGAAGAAAGAGAAGGGAAGGAGAAAGGAGACGUCAGAUGGUUCGGAAACAGAAAGAGUGGAAAACGGGAGGAACAAGAAGGAGUUGAUGUUUGGGAACUUGAUUGAAAAGAAUCAGUCUGUUUCGACGCUCCUGAGGAGAUACCUGAAGGGUUAUAUCUUGAUCAUGGCCCGGUUGCUCCAGGUUUACUGUAGUAGCAACACGGAGGGUGCACAGCACAAGGAGAUCAGCAUGCCACAACAGUGGGAAGACCAGGAAGGACUGUAUCUGAGACUGACAAGUGAAUGCUCUGAAUUCAGUAGAUGGACUCGUCGUAAAGAAACCGGAUGCCAAGAGUGGAACCUUGGGAAGCCGAAACGAGUUAGACACGGCCAAACUGGAGCUGGAGAAGGUGGGGAAGAAGUUAGAGAAGGAGAAGCGGUUGGGGAAGGGAAAGAAGAGUCAGAGGCAUACUAA